CCCCCCCCAUCUUCUGGGGUCUCCCUUCACGCCAGCCCCCGCCCGGAUCUACACACACACUCCUCUUCUCCUGCUUUCCCCCCGUCCCUUUUGUCUUUGCCUCCCUUUGCGCCCCCCUGUCGCAUUUGGUGACCGGCGACAUGGCCACCUCGAACGACCCCGGCUCGCCGCAGUCGCUCUUUUCCCUGCGCUCGGUCACCUCCUCUCGGCUCUCUAUCCGGAACUCCUUCGUCGGGGGAGGCGGCGGCGGUGCCGGGGGCAGCGGCAGUGCCGGCGGCGCCCCGUCCCGAUCGGAAGGGCUCUUCUCGUCGACCUCCGGCUUCGGCUCGCCCACCUUUGCCUCCUUUACUGGGGGCUCCAGCGGGGGCUCCAGCCAGACACCUGGUGCCGGCUCGGGUCCCGGUGUCGGUGGCACCCCCCACUUGGGGGACUCCUUCUGGUCGGAGUAUGCGGCUGGCGUCUACUUCCUCCGCAGGCGCAUGCUGCGCCGGCCUGAUAUCCCGCGGGCGCGUGCCCAAUUCCUGAGGGUCCUUCUGGGGAGCGACCACCCGACCGGCAGGCCGGCAGAUGCACCGCACCCCUUUGACCUGCGUGCGGCUUGGGAGUCCGAGUACCCGAUGCUCGCGGGGCUUGCCUGCCUGUCGCUGGCUCGUGCCAGCACCGAUCACCUGCCUGACCCGGUCCCGAUCCUGGCUGCUGCCAACCGCUUUGCACUGGCGCACCGCGAUGCCUCAGCCGCACCGCUAGGCAGCAGUAGCGCCGGCCUGGCGGCAGGCCCCGGGCGCAGCUGCACCGGUUCCCAGGCCACCACCCUCGGCCCCGACGCUCUGGACGCUUGUGAUCUCUAUCUUCUUGCGGCCUAUCUCUUUGCCCGGCGCCAGGCCGUGUACCUGGCGGUUUACUGCCACACCAUGUGCGCAGAUCUCAUUGAGCGUUCGGGCCAAUCCGCUCUCGCUGGUGAUCACUAUGCAGUGGCUCUGCGUUUGCUUCUAUUGCCGUGCUAUCUCCAUCGGGCAGCUUCACUGCCGAGUCUCUUCAACUUCCACCAGAAGUCCCUGCCUCCCUUCGAUGUGACGCGGCUCUCGUCGCCCUUCCGGGCGCUCGCUGGGCGCCUGGCCGCCCGGCGAGCCUGGCUGCUGGCGGCCAACUUCACCGGCACUUCGACGGGAUGCACUUGUGCCGGGUGUCCGUGCUGCGUGUGCGGCCCUGCCGGCCUCGGGGGCCUGGCCGGACAAGCGGUCUCCCCAGCGACCAGCCUUGUUCCCCGGCAAUGCCUGGCCCCGGGGGACUUUGUUUCGGCUCCCGUGGCGACUGUCGGGGCCCUGCUGGAUGUGGUCCCUGUGGGCCUCGUCGCUGGCUUCUUCCGCGAAGCCAACUUCUCGGAGGAGGCUCGCGCGGCCCUGCUCUUCGCUCUGUAUGAUGCAUGUCUCGUGCAUGGGCCCGGCCCCGCAGGCACCUCCUGGCUCGCUAGAUUUACCGUGGCCCGACGUCUGCUCGGCGCCACUGGCCACACAUCAAUUCGCUCGAUCAUCCAAGGGCAUCAAGCGGGCCAGCCACCGGAGUUGCUUCCUCACCCGGCCGGCCCUGAUGCCCCAGCUCGCGAUGAAUACUCCAUGUUCUCGCUGACCCCCUCGGUCGAGGCCCUUUACUCACCCAUGAUCCCGACCACCCCCCCUGAGGUCGCUGCUGCCCUGCGCACUUUGUGGUUUGAUUUGGGCCUGGCCGACUCCGACUGGUUCCUUGGCGGUCCGGCGGUUGCCCAUGCCGGGCUUAGCUCCGAGGAUGUGAUCGCCCGGCAACAGGCUUUCGACUUCGGUUCCCCCCUGGGGCCAUUGCUGAGGCUAUGCUGCCCGGCUGAUUGCGCGACUCUGCUGUCUCAGUCGGGUCUCUUCCCGGAGGAAACUCUCCCCUCGAGCCGCAUGGCCAGCGAUCUGGCUGAUGCUUUUGCUCCCCUCGGUGGACGGGCCCCGGGAUUUGUUCUCCAAACGAUGUCCCCCAGCGGCGGGUGUCCCAGCGUUUGGGCGUCACUGGCUCGCGCCCUGUAUGCUGUGGUGGCGGUUUGCAGCCACCUUGACAGUGAGUAGCCCACUCAGCAUCUCCUCUCUCCUUCUCGCCUGUCUCUGGCUUUCGCCGCUUCAAAUAUCAACACCCCAAAAGCCA